CAGGUUAUGGACGGCGGUAUUUGCACGCGUACUUCCGUUAAUAAGGUUUACUAGUAACCCGGGAGAGCUUAUAUGCGAUAUUACGACUCCUGGAUCCCGAGGUAAUUAUACUAUAAAUGUGACGGAUAUAGUCCAAGAAGGGAGAAUAUAUUAUGCCUGGGCCAAACUAGAUUUGGUUAAUUAAUAGAUAUAAUAAGCUAUUACUAUUUGGGAUCGAGAUAUAUGCUUGUAUUAAUGCUUAUUCACGUAAUAUUAUCUGGGUAUAUAUCGGAAUCUCUAAUCGGAUUACCUAUUUGAUUUAUGCUCAAAUGGGCUAUUGCCCUUACUUCUUUAGGGCUAAUCGAGGCUCUAAACUUCCCCUUAUUACCGAAGCAUACUUCGUAUUCUCGCGGAUAGCCGAUCCGUUAGUUAUGCGCGUGGAGAACUACUUUAUUUCUGGGAAAAGCACCGAGAAUUAGCGGGUUAAAUCCUGGUGGCAGGAGCUUUAGAAGAGCUAGCUAUACCGGUGGCGCAACUACUUUUAGGAACUGGCCUAUACCGGGAGUUAUAAUUACUAAUAUUUAUGGGACCGGAUUACUCUGCUAGCACUUUAUAUAUGGCGGAUCCAAAACGAGGUAUAUAGGUUUGCGGACUUGUGGAAUAUCCACAGGAUUAGAAAAGACAGAUCUAGGCCUAAUAUAGUAGCCGGCAAGCCAUUUAGACUAUAUACGAGGCCC